UUUUGUUUUGUCAAACCAAGGUUUGGUUUGGUUUGAAACGGAUGGUGAGUGACUCAAGUGUAUAGUGAGCAACCACAUCCAUCCACACACAAGCCAAGACAAAACAAGAGAAGUUCGAGGAAUUGGGAUGGCUUCGUCAUUGGUUAGUUCCAUUCUUGUUCUACCCAUUUCACGUUGUCAUCAACUCAAACAACGCCUUCCACUUCUUGCUUCAGCAACUCCUCCUUCGACCCACAAAGCCCGUUUCGUUGCUCGCCGUAAGGAGUCUGUUUCUGUUCAACAACUCCAACGUCCCCUAAUUGAAUAUAUGAGGUUACCAGCAAGUCAAUAUUCAGUGUUAGACGCUGAAAGGAUUGAACGUGUGAGUGAGGAUACAUUCAGGUGUUAUGUUUACACAAUUAAGUUUUUCACAUUUGAGGUUUGUCCUGUUUUGCUUGUCAAAGUUGAACAACAACCCAAUGGCUGUUGCAUUAAGCUCUUGUCCUGCAAGCUUCAGGGUUCCCCUAUGGUCGCCGCUCAGAACGAUAAGUUUGAUGCUAUAAUGGUGAACCGGAUAUCAUGUGAAAGUGACUCGGAUAAGUCAUUGGUGCAGCAACUCACAUCAGACACUAUAAUUGAGGUAAGCAUUGAAAUUCCUUUCGCUUUCAAAGCAAUACCAAAGCAAGCAAUUGAAUCAGCUGGGACUCAAGUCCUUGAACAAAUACUCAAGAUUAUGCUUCCCCGUUUUAUGUCACAGCUUGUGAAAGAUUAUCAAGCCUGGGCCUCUGGAAAUGCCUCAAGGCAACCUCUUGGGACAGGUGAAAUCUGAAAUAAUGGGUAAUCGUGGUUGCAACUGGUGCUGGCUUUAAUUUUUAGUGUUGAUAUGUUAUAGUCUAUAGAAAUGCUGCUUGUAGUGUGUGCAUGGAUUAAUUAUUGAUUUGUUAUUCGAGUAUACAUAGUUUUUUCUGAUUCUUUUAGGAGAAAUCGAUAGCGUAAGGGGGGUUGUAAAUCAAGGAAAUCAUUGUUAGUUAUGAUUAUGAUAUUCCAGUUAUGGUUAUGUAACCUGAAUGUUAAAAUUAUAAUGAAUGUGAAAGAUUCACAAACUCUGUACAUAGGUGAUGGUUGUUACUAAAUUCCAUGACUAUGUAAAUUGGAUUUUGUGAAGAGUGGAGGCAAAUGUUACCAAAUUCACUCA